CAGUGCGCCCUGCCAGGCAGGUGCCUUUCCCUGCUCGCUCCUCCUUUCUCGGAGUUUCUCAGUUAGCCCCUGCUCCCCGGGUGGAAGCAUUCUCGGAAGGCGUGGAGGGACCGCCAAGAUCUAGAUAUCCAGCUAAGGUUUCUGGACCUCUUUUGAGUGAAGAUGACUGUUUCUGCCUAGAAAAUGUAACUGGAGGAUCCAAGAGGUCUAGGCAGACUUGACCAUGGGAGCAAACACUUCAAGCAAACCACCGGUGUUUGACGAAAACGAGGAUGUCAACUUCGACCACUUUGAAAUUUUGCGAGCCAUUGGAAAAGGCAGUUUUGGGAAGGUCUGCAUCGUGCAGAAGAAUGAUACCAAGAAGAUGUAUGCGAUGAAAUACAUGAACAAACAAAAGUGCGUGGAACGCAACGAAGUGAGGAAUGUCUUCAAGGAGCUCCAGAUCAUGCAGGGCCUGGAGCAUCCCUUCCUGGUUAAUUUGUGGUACUCCUUCCAAGACGAGGAAGAUAUGUUCAUGGUGGUGGACCUGCUGCUGGGCGGGGACCUGCGUUAUCACCUGCAGCAGAAUGUCCGCUUCCAGGAAGACACCGUGAAGCUGUUCAUCUGUGAGCUGGCCAUGGCCCUGGACUACCUGCAGGGCCAGCGCAUCAUUCACAGGGAUAUGAAGCCUGACAACAUUUUGCUUGAUGAACAUGGGCACGCGCACGUCACGGACUUCAACGUCGCCACCACGCUGCCCGCGGACGUGCGCAUCACCGCCGUGGCCGGCACCAAGCCGUACAUGGCACCUGAGAUGUUCAGCUCCAGCAGAGAAGCGGGCUAUUCCUUUGCUGUUGACUGGUGGUCACUGGGAGUGACGGCGUACGAGCUGCUCAGAGGCCGGAGACCGUAUCAUAUUCGCUCCAGCACUUCCAGCAAGGAAAUUGCACACCUGUUUGAGACGGCUCUUGUGACUUACCCUUCUGCCUGGUCACAGGAAAUGGUGUCACUUCUUAAAAAGCUUCUGGAACUGAAUCCAGACCAACGGUUUUCUCACUUGUCUGACAUUCAGAAUUUCCCGUACAUGAGUGAUGUGAAGUGGGACGCAGUUUUGCAGAAGAGGCUCAUUCCAGGAUUUACUCCUAACAAAGGCAGGCUGAACUGCGACCCCACCUUUGAACUCGAAGAAAUGAUUUUGGAGUCCAAGCCUCUGCACAAGAAGAAGAAGCGCCUGGCCAAGAAGGAGAAGGAGAUGCGGAAAUGUGACUCCUCCCAGACGUGCGCUCUUCAAAGUCACCUCGAAUCUGUCCAGAAGGAGUUCAUCAUUUUCAACAGAGAAAAAGUAAAAAGGGAUUUUAAUAAAAGACAAGCAAAUGUAGCCUUGGAACAAACCAAAGACCCCCAGGAAGAGGAUGGCUGGAAUAACCACCUGUGAAGUCAACAUCUUCUUCUUGGGACAUUUCCUGGCACCUUGGGCCAGGAGCUUCUGAUUUCCACGUCAGGAGGAGCUGACAGUAAUUCUCACCUCUCCACACCUCACACACCUGAGACACUGAAUGAAUACCUUUGGAAGGGGGCAGCGGGAUACAGUGACGAGUCCCUGGGCUCCUGGGAACUCGUGUCUCCACUGUGUGACCUUGAGCAAGUCACUGAACUGCUUUCUCUGCUUCAGUUUAUUCCUCUGACAUGAGAGGUUAAAACUAGAGCUCGACUCUGACUUCUACUCCCAUCAUCCUGUUCUUCUAAACAGCCUUUGUUUUUAUUUUGAAAGGAAGAUUUGGAUGUAGAUUUAUUUUUCCACUCCUUUGAAUUACACUGUGACAAAUGGACAGAGGUCGGUGAUGGGGCAAGGCUCUUCAGAGCUAGAAAACUUCACAGAGAUCAGAAUCCCCAAACCCAACUGAACAGGAGUAAGGAAUCCAUUCAAGGAGAAAUGAGUAGGACGAGAUUAGCAGUGACACAGAUUUUUGAGGACCUUCCAGUCGUGUGCUGGGGUCAGGACACCACAGCAGCUUGUAUCAGCUCAUAAAGAGCCGGCCAUGCACAUCUGUUCCAGUUCCCUGCACAGGGAUAUGAAGUGGGGAGGCUGAAAUUGGUGACGGCGGAAGUAUUUAUACCACGGAAACUGACAUGCUACCAAUCAGGGCUUUUUUCUUUCCCCUUCUGAGCAAGCCAGUUGUGGAAUAUUUAUUAGCACACCAUUUGCCUUCUUCUAGAAGCAUGUUUCUUGAGAGCUAGUUGUCCCCUUAAGACUGUCAGAGACCUGUGUCUGGAGAGGAUCAGAAAAGAAUAUCACCACGCUGAAAGCAUGGCCGCCCUGUAGUACACCGAGGGUGUACCUUACCCAGGAGUUACAGUCUAAGUUAGAGCAUGAGGGGAAUUUGGGACCAUAGUAAAAUUUACCCUUGAAAAAUCCUUUUAAUUAUACAUAACAUAGAGUGAGUAUCUUUUCUGAAAGAAGCCCAGUAUCACGAGACCCUUGGCUAAUGAAAUGGGUCAUUUUGGGGGGUUCGUUAUGUCUUUAAUGUAUGGUCUCAUUUUUGGCUGACUCCAGGUGAACUAAAAUGAUGAAGAGAUUGUACACACUUACAGAGACUGGACCCACACCUGGAACCACGGAUUCCGCACACCUCUGAGAGGUCCAAGGUCAUGGAGGCUGACUAAGGGAGCAGCAGUACUGACUUGCACUUACGACGAGGGUGGCGGGCAGGAUUGCUUAUUUAAAAUCGGCUUGAUAUUCACUCUUUUUCUUUCUGUUUUAUUUAUGUAUUUGCUGAACACAAAGUUUAAUUCACCCAAGUGAGGCAUGUUCACUCCACUCCCCUGAUGCCCAGAUCUUUGCAGAGAAACUCUUCUUGGCAACCUGCAGGUGCUGCUGAGUGGUCCAGAAUGAACGGGGACAAUGAGGGGCUGACUCUUGGCCACUCAGAUCACCUCACCUCAUCCUUACUUAUGCAGAGGACGGGCCUCACCGAGAUGGCAGUCAGCUGGCAACACAGGAGACCAGACUGGCACCCAGUUGAGAAACCAGCCAGGUGGAAAUGGGCAGAAGUAACAGAAGCGGCCGCCAGCUACAAAGGACUUUCCCAGAAGGGAGGUUGCAGUGGGGCAACCAAAAAGGGGGAGAAAACCAGUGCGGAACUUUAACUCAGCAUUUAUGGUUUUCUCCUCGCUCAACUCAUAGGCCCAGAGCUUCUGGCCUUGAAGAGCUGUGAAACAGUGCCUCUUUAAGAGUAACCAUAUUUUUGUUAAGAAGUAAACACCAGCUCUUGUGUUGUUUAAUUCCUUUUCUCUACAUUUCUCUUGCAUUAUUUGUCUGUGCUGAUUUUCCUCCAAACAGUAUAUACUCUGACUCAGUUUCCCAAAGUGGAGGGAUGGGUUGAGAAGAGCUAUAAGGAGGUGACCAGAUCCUGCUCCGGGCUGGUAACCAGGAGUGUCAGUGGCCACUUGUGUGUUAACCAACUUCCGUCUUUCAUUUGUUUCAAUUCAAGCUCUGAUGUGCUGUUGACUCAUCGCUCCAGACAGACAUCUGGCUCCUCCUCUUGCUAUGACCUUGUAUGUAUCAUCCCAAAGGAGAGACUUUAGGAAACACCCAAGUGCAGUGGGAUUGGUAGGAUCUCCACUGGGAUGGGAGUUAAUCCUCUGCUCUGUUUCACAUCUCCAGUUUAUAAUGGGAUAGGAACCCAAUACAGCCUCUGUAGGUUGAAUCCCUAGUUUCUACUUCCAAUGACCUGCUUCUAUGUCUAAGGCACCUUUACGGGUUUUCAGGAACCAUGGGUGCACUGACAGAGCACAGCCUCAGAGAGAAGAGUGAUUUCCAGUCCUAAUCAGACCACAGACCCACAAUGUGUUUGUUUCAAGUUAGAAAAGCUGCAUCAUUACAGCUGUCGGUGGAGAACAGCUGAUUCUAAGCACCUCCCACCACUGGACAUUUUGGGCAGCAGGACAAAAAUUUUUCUAAAAAAUAAAAGGAUCCCUAAAUCCUUACUGUGAUUGCUAGUUGUCGAAAUCAGAUCCUUUGGUUAAUGCUGCAACUUGGGCUAAAAUUUACUACCCCGCUGGGUGGAACAUAACUCACCAAGGCUUGUGACAACCAAGGCUCGGGCCUAAGAAUUUUAGAAAACAGGGUGGUUCUUACAUCCUUUUGUCUGGUAUUUCUGGAAACUCUCUCUCCUCACAGCUCCCUCCUUUACCUGUGUGGAGCAUCUGAAAAGUCUGAGCAGGUUUUGAAGACCAGGAGCUUCCUGGUUCAAAUGCUCUGGCGCUGCAGUGGGGCCGCCCACCCCCGCGCAUUCACAGGGACUGCAAAUGGGUGGUGGGGUGGCCCUGGGACCCUGACCAUGACCCAAACUCCAUGGAAGGUAAUACUCUGCGAAUGGCCUCCAGCCCAGAUGGCAGCACUGGUUUUAGCCGAGGGCAUUGCUGGGGCAGGAAUCAAUGUCAAACUGCACACAGCAUUGCUCAAUUAAUUAGAGUAAUGUAACUACUGAGUGGUUAGGCUGCUUCUGAUGGGACAGAAACAACUAGACUAUCGUCAUGGUUUUUCUAGACUGUACGGAUGAAUAAUUAACACGGGGAGAAAGAGUGGGUCACAGAGCUCACAGGGACUAGUGUUGCUGCUUUUGGCUGAUGCAGUAAUGCGACGGCUUUAAUGCUUCAAAAGCUGAAUGAAAAGCAUGAAGAACACAGUUGAGUUGUUUUGGUGUUUGCAUUCUGUCGACACAAAUCCCUGUUCCCUAGAAACUCCGUCUGCCUGUGAUUCCUGUUUCUUACAAUCUCAAUGUGUCAUACAAACAAAACAGUGAUGUGAAAAAUCCAAACUCCAGUUAUGUGUGCUGUUGCGAACGGGCAGCCCUUGGAUGGGAAAUACGUGCUUCUGCUGAGCUGUCAUUGCGCCUGCGUGUAUUAAAGCGUCUUCUGUACACAGUGAGCCACUGACCCUUCUUUGUCAGCGUUUUGUGUGUGUGUGUGUGUGUGUGUGUGUGUGUGUGUGUGUGUGUAAAAUCAUGUCCCCUAGGGGUAGGGUUAUGGGUUCCCAAAGUCACCACUUCUUGCUGUGAAGAAGACAAGAGACAAGCUGGUGUCAACUGUUCAAGAACGCAAUGCAUCACAGUCCAGCUGAAACAACGUAAGAAAACUGAAAUCCUGACCCCUCUAGU